AUGACAAGCAACUUCAAUUGUUUGUAUACAGAAGCAGCGUAUUUAGUUUGUCUUGUUAAAGGAGGAGUUUGUCGACUGAAAACUGGUUUAUACAAUAAUAACUUUAAAUAUGAUCUACGUAAAAUUUAUGCAUUAGCCUCAAAAACACUUAAUUCCUAUGGAAAUCUACUAAAAACUUUACAAAAAGCUAAUCUUCAACUAUCAGAGAAAUUACAUGACAUCCUUAAAGGACCAAAACAUUCACAUCGUUUCUUACUUGGUCAACUUCAUGAAUUUACUAAAGAUCAUUUGGCGGUGAAAAAGCUUCGUCAUGCGUAUAAACUGGUCGGGAAAUCUCCUGUUGUAGAGAAUAAAAAACAGAAAAAUGCAAAAGAACUGCUCCCCUGCUAUGCACGUGUCAAUCUUUUAAAGACUACACUGUCUAGUGUUUUAAAACACCUGGAGAAAUCUGGUUUCGAGCAUAUAGAAUAUAGUCAGUCGGAUAUUUCAUACAGAAAAUUUCGCAAAUAUGUUCGUCGACUUAAACGUAAUCAAUUUAUGCUGGAUUAUCAUCUUCCGCAUAUACUGUUAGUUUUCCCAUCUGGUACUACACUGCAUGAAUUGGAAUUAUACAAAUCGCAUUGUAUUCUUAUUCAAGAUAAGGCUAGUUGUUUCAGUGCAGAGAUACUUCAACCAAAUCCUAAAGCAGAUGUUAUCGAUGCUUGUGCUGCUCCAGGGAAUAAAACACUUCAAUUAGUCUCUAUGCUGUCUAAUCAAGCGACAAUUUUCGCUAUUGAUCGUGAUCCAAGCAGAUUUCGUCGCCUUUCAGAUAAUCUUACUUCUUGUGGAGUAGAUCGUUUAUCUGUGGUGUAUGAUAUAUCCUCUUCAACUACUGCUAAACAUCAAAAUAAUACUCAAAGUUCACAACCAUCAGUUCAAGCUUAUCUUGCAGAUUUUCUUUCUCUCGAUCCAUAUGAUCCACAAUUUUCAAAUGUUCAGUCAAUUCUCCUCGACCCAUCAUGUAGUGGUUCUGGUCUAUCAUUUCGUCAACCGGAUGGUCAACAUUUUGAAGAAUUACAAAAUCGUAAACCUGCCGGAUGUAAUCAUGGUGAUGAUGAUGUCUAUAAUGAAGAGUAUUCAUCUCGUUUGAAACGAUUGUCUAAUCUUCAAGCUUUACUAUUAAAACAUGCUUUGAAUUUUCCAAAUGUUCAACGUGUUGUCUAUUCAACGUGUUCAAUCCAUCCAGAAGAGAAUGAAGCAGUUGUACGUGAAAAUGCUGAUCGAGUAUCUGACAAAUUUCACUUAGAAACAAUUUGGCCUAACACAUCAUCCAAUGUUUCGUCAGAUAGUGUUACUACUACUGCUACUACUUCUCCAGCUUGGAAACGUCGUGGCCUGUCUGACGAAAAAUAUCAAUGUGAAUCGUGUAUACGAUCAUCUGAAGAAGAUUUAACUACUGGUUUCUUUGUUGCCUUAUUUGUAAGGCGAAAAGCUGAUAAGUCUUUGAAAAAAGGUUCAUCCUCACAGCCACUACCACCAUCAACGUCUACGACAAUAACGACGAAAACCCGAACAAUCAAAAGAACACCUGUAAACUGUCAGUCAUCUUUCACUACUGCUGAUGAUGAUAACAACAAAGCAGAAAAAGAAGAGAAGUCGAAUGAUGAUAAGCAGGAGAAGACGUUUACAUUUAAAGUGAGGAAGAAGUGUAGAAAAAUGCCGGACUGA